CUACCCCCUGGAAAUCUGAUACAAAAGCCCGCUUCUCUUUCCGCACCACACUCCUCUCCCCCCUUUCCUUUGUUGGUGACGGAGCCCCCAAAGCGCCGCCUACCGGUAGAUACGCUGCGCUGUACAUACGCUCCGCAUUCCCCUCUGCAUUUUCCGUUGUCUGAGUCGAGAGAAGAUGCAGAGCGCAGCUAUCUCAUUCUCUUCGUCGUUUCCUCUUCCAAGGAAGCAGCAUGGCUCGCCCUUGCUCCGCUUCAAUCCUUAUUCUCUCCCUCCAACCAGGACAGAGGCGCAACCUUUGCGCAUUUCCUUCUACAACGGCGCCGCCUCUUCUCGGUGGCUUAAUCCCACUGAAUGCUCUUCCGAUUCUACCUCCUCCCUGCUGAAACUGAGCCGAAACGGGUGGAUUUCGACCCCUCUCCACUCUCCUCAGCGCGAAUCGGGUGGUGUUCAGGUCCACGCUGCAUCUGGGCCUGAGAGCGCCGGAGAGGCGCCGCAGUCUAAAGGCUUGACUGACACUCUCGUGCUCGGAUCGCUGUUUGGGCUCUGGUACCUAUUUAACAUCUACUUCAAUAUCUACAAUAAACAGGUCCUGAAACCCUUCCAUUACCCAGUAACAGUUACUCUUGUUCAAUUUGCUGUUGGCUCGGUCCUUGUAACUCUCAUGUGGAGUUUGAAUCUUUAUAAACGACCUAAAAUAAGUGGCGCGCAGCUUGCAGCAAUCUUUCCAUUGGCAGUGGUGCAUACCUUAGGAAACCUUUUUACCAAUAUGAGUCUUGGAAAAGUUGCUGUUUCUUUCACCCAUACAAUUAAAGCUAUGGAGCCCUUCUUUUCUGUUGUUCUCUCAGCUAUGUUUCUUGGCGAGUUCCCUACCCUUUGGGUUGUGUCUUCGCUUGUUCCAAUUGUUGGUGGAGUGGCACUGGCAUCACUAACUGAGCCCUCUUUUAAUUGGGCUGGAUUUUGGAGUGCCAUGGCAUCUAAUUUGACCAACCAAUCUCGUAAUGUUCUCAGCAAAAAGUUUAUGAUUAAGAAAGAGGAUUCAUUGGACAACAUUACUCUCUUCUCAAUAAUUACAAUCAUGUCUUUUUUCUUGUUGGCUCCUUUUACUCUGUACAUGGAAGGAGUCAAGUUCACACCUGCAUACCUGCAAUCUGCUGGAUUGAAUGUCAAUCAAAUUUACACUAGGUCUCUUAUUGCGGCUCUCUGCUUCCAUGCAUACCAACAGGUUUCUUACAUGAUAUUGCAGAGAGUGUCUCCUAUCACCCAUUCUGUUGGUAACUGCGUGAAGCGAGUGGUGGUUAUUGUUACGUCUGUUCUCUUCUUCCGUACCCCUGUAACAACAAUCAAUGCUCUCGGAACUGGAGUCGCCCUUGCUGGAGUUUUCCUGUAUUCAAGGGUUAAACGCAUCAAACCUAAGCCCAAAACAGCCUGAAGAACUGUGAUGGUUUAUUUUAUUGGGGUGAAGCAAGGUCAGGGUCCUGGUUGCAAUUUUCCUGUUCCAUUAUCAUCAUGAUACUCUUUUUCAUCGUAUAGCUUUUUACCAUAUAUAGCUGUAAGAACUGGCCAGAAAACUUGGGAAUUGCUCACUCAUAUCAAACUUCUGGCAGUUGUGAGUUUGAACGCAAGGCCUCAUAAACUUGUAGAUGUAGUCUGUCCAAAUGUGGGUAUCACAUUUCAUUAAUGUGUUCUCAUGAAUGUUUAGCAGAUAGUUAUUUUUCAGAAUUCGGGUUGUGUGAUGUGUGUGUGAACCAAUGAAGUAAUGAUCGGUUAAAAACAGUACCUUCCGCUAGUAAUUUGGUUAAAAACAGUACCUUCCGCUAGUAAUGUGAUCUCUGUGAAAUAGGGAUGGACUAAACCGGGUCGGCCCGACCUGAAACCGACCCG